AUGCCACCAGACACACAUUACGGUGACGAUGGUGACAACUACAAUUCUGGCUGCUGUAUCGAAUGUUGUCGUGCUGGCGACUUUGGCACCCAUGAUGGAUGUGGCCCCUGCUACUGCCGGCGCUCUUUCAAACAGGAUCACGACCGUACGAUCUACACUGGCUGGAGUCUAGGCCAAUACUACCCCGGAAAAGACAGGUAUGGAGAGCCGUCAUCUACUACUGGUGAAGGCAAACCUACAUCGUCCGAGAACAGGUUGGGAGGACUGAACCAAGUAUCUGAACAGCAAGCUCAGGAGUCGGGUGAAAACAAGGAGGCUGUCGAAAUUAAAACUGACAAGUCUAUCCAGACAUCGAAGACUUGCCCCAAGAAGAUCGACAAAUAA